AUGGCUGCUUCAACAUCCAGCCUCAUUUCCACCAGCAAGGAUCUCAGAGAGUUUCUCUCUACAAUCGAAUCUGACAACUCACUCUACCUGGACUUGGAAGGCAAAAGUCUCAGCCGUGACGGAACAAUCACUCUCGUCACCAUGCUGAUCCAUCCGCAGAAAGUGACUCGCGUGGUUGACGUGCUGACCCUCGGGAAGUCGGCGUUCGAGAUCGAGUCCGUCGAGGGAAGAAGCCUGAAAUCCAUACUCGAAGACCAUGAAGUCCAGAAGUAUGUAUGGGAUGUCAGAAACGAUGCCGAUGCUCUCUGGGCUCAUUUUCAGGUGGGCCUGGCUGGCGUUACCGACAUUCAGCUCCUCGAGAACGCCUCUCGCCCGGACUGGAUCGACAAAACUAAACUAUGCGGACUGGACAAAGCGGUUCAGUAUGAUGUCAAAUUAGGAUUCAUGGAUCGAGAGCGUUGGCUACGAACUAAACGUGAGGUCCGGAAUCUCAUGUCCAAAGACAUAUUCUCGCAACGCCCUCUUGCACCCAGCACACUACAGUACUGCGUCAACGAUGUCGCUCACUUGCCAGCGCUGCAAAAAUUCUACAUGGGCCGAGUCAAUCCGACCUGGCUUGUUAAAGCGCAUGAGGAAUCGAAACGCCGCCUGGCUGAUGCCCGGUCUCCUGAAUAUAAGCCCCAAUCGCCUGGAAAGGCACUCGGGCCCUGGGGUGGAGGUUCUACUACUAAAUUGACCUUGGAAGAAAUGGCAGAAGUCAUGUGGGAAAGAGAAAUGGAUGACAAAGAACCCGAGGACUUUUUGUGGGAUCUUGAAUAUGAUGAACAGGAGGAUGAAUUCGACUAUUGGGACGACGACGUCAGAUGCUCUGCUGAUGUUAAUGAUUUUGGUGGUGCUUUUGACAGCUGCUGGGACAAAUAUUGA